UAAAGAUGCAGGACCCCUCAAUGGCGGCGUCCUGUGAAACCGGGUAAUACGGCGGCUUAGCGUCCGAUGAUUUAGUGUCUAAACAUGAGGGUGGUCUUUGUUGUGCUGGUCUUGCUGAGGGUCCAGCAUGUGCACUCAGCAUCUAAAGGAGUCGUCGCCAGUCUUCAGGCCAAAUGGUCCAUGACCCCUCUCCUGCUGGAAACAAGUGAGUUCAUCAGAGAGGAUGGUGAAGAGAAGUUCUGGCAGUUUGUCGAUACUGUGAAGGAGUUAACUGUUUACAAACACGGAGAGUCUGUCCGGUCGUAUUAUAACCUGAUCAUUAAGAAGGCUGGACAGUUUUUGACAGAUCUUCAGGUCAGCCUGCUGAAGCUGUCUUUGUCUCUCAGGGCUUACUCACCGGCUGUACAUGCUUUCCAACAAAUAGCAAGUGAUGAACCUCCUCCUGAUGGAUGCACUGCCUUUGUGGUUGUUCAUGGUCAAACUGCCUGCAGCACAAAGGAAAUGAAGAAGCUCUUGAAGACUGCAGCAGGCAGGCCUAGACCUUACUUAUACAAGUCUGACCACCAGUACCCAGGAGUCAAUGGGACAGACCUGCCUGUAGUUGUUCUGUAUGCUGAAAUCGGCACAAAGGACUUCAAUACUUUUCAUAAGGUUCUGUCAGAGCGGGCACAGGAGGGCAAACUCGUCUAUGUGCUCCGACACUUUGUGUCUGAAUCAAAAAAUGAAAAGAUGCUGCUGUCUGGAUAUGGUGUUGAACUGGCAAUUAAAAGCACUGAGUACAAAGCUGUUGACGACACACAAGUUAAAGAAUCCAAAUCAGUCACCACCGAUAAUGAGGAUGAAAAUGAUGAAGUCCAAGGAUUUUUGUUUGGGAAAUUAAAAAAGUCUCACCCAGAGCUUCAGGAAGAACUUGGAGAGCUGAGGAAGCAUCUACUGGAGAGCACCAAUGACAUGACUCCUCUCAAAGUGUGGGAGCUCCAAGACCUCAGUUUCCAGGCAGCAUCUCGGAUCAUGACUGUGCCAAAGUUUGAUUCUCUCAAAUUGAUGCAAGACCUUAGCCAAAAUUUCCCCAGCAGAGCCAGAUCACUGACAAGAGUGGCUGUAAACCAAGACAUGAAGAAAGAAAUAGAAGACAAUCAAAAGAGGUUGAGUGAGUCCAUUGGGAUCCAUCCUGGAGAUGCCGGUCUGUUUAUUAACGGGAUACACGUUGACCUGGAUAUUCAUAACCCCUUCAGCAUUUUGGACAUUCUCAGAACUGAGGCAAAGAUUCUCGAAGGUCUUCAUAACCUUGGCAUCAGAGGAAGCAGCAUUAGUAAGUUCCUGCAUUUACCAUCAUCAACCACUGUAGAGGACAGCUACGCUCUGGACAUCCGCCACUCAUCCAUUUUGUGGGUCAAUGAUAUUGAGAAAGACUCCAUGUAUCGCCACUGGCCCUCAAGUCUCCAGGAGCUCCUCAGAGCAACUUUUCCUGGAGUUAUUCGACAAAUACGCCGCAACUUCUAUAACCUGGUUCUGUUUCUUGACCCAACACAAGAGGAGAGCAUUGAGCUGGUGAAAUUAGCAGAACUCUUUUACAAACAUAACAUUCCUCUCAGGAUUGGGUUUGUGCUGGUUGUCAGUGCAGAUGAUAAAGUGGAUGGAUACUUGGAUGCAGGUGUUGCUCUCUUUAGGCUGUUAAACUACAUCUCAGAGGAGUACGACGAAGCACAGGCUUUUACCUCCAUGGUGUCAAUAUAUAACAGGGUGGAAGUUGGGGAGACUCUUUCUGUGGAUACAGUAACUGCAUAUCUGAAAAAGAAAUUUCCAAAAGCAAAUGCUGCCAGAAUUCUUGGAGUGGACUCAAGCUAUGAUGACAACAGAAAGGCUGGAGCAGGGUUUUACAGAAAGAGUGGUUUAGGUGCUCUUCCAGUGGGUCUGUUUAAUGGUGUUCCACUCAAUAGUGAGGAGAUGGACCCAGAAGAACUGGAGACAGUUCUUCUGCAGAAAAUCAUGGAAACUACCAACUUCUUCCAGAGAGCUGUCUUUAUGGGUCAGGUCACUGAGAGUACCGAUGUGGUGGACUUUCUAAUGGAGCAGGCCAAUGUAGUUCCCCGUAUCAACCCUCUCAUUCUGAGCUCUGAGAGACGAUAUCUGGAUUUCACGUCCUCACCAGUUGCAGAUGACUGGGAUGACGCAUCUGUGUUCUCAUACUUGGACUCCAGAGACAAAACGGCUGUUGUCUCGAAAAGAAUGAAGUAUUUCGUCAGAGAUGAGGAGGAGGUGUUGUACGGAGUGACCGUGUGGAUUGUUGCAGAUAUUGAGCAGCCCUCUGGGAGGCAGUUGCUCCGGAACGCCUUGAAACAUAUGAAAUCCAGCAGCUCCAGCUGUCGGGUCGGGGUCAUCAAUAACCCCAGCGGAAAGCCCACAGAGGACAACAGCGGUCUGUACCGUGCCGUCUGGGCUUCUCUCCUCACCCAAAGCAGCAAGAACACGCUCGACUUCACCCUAAAACUCCUCAAAGAAGAAAAUGUUGAGCUCCUCAAACAAGGCACAAAGAUUAAGCACUUACUUAAACAGGGUAUGGACAAUGAUGCCUUUGAGAAGAAGUUCAACACGAUGGAGGUGGACUUCCUGCACAGCCAGCAGAAGUACUGUAAGGAAAUUCUGAAGCUGAAACCCGGACAGAGAGCUGUGGUCAGCAACGGCAGGAUCCUGAGCCUAUUGGACGAAGAUGAAGAGUUCAGUGUGGAAGAUUUCCAUCUGCUAGAGAAGAUCACACUUCGCACUUCAGCAGAAAAGAUCAAAUCCAAGAUCAAGCAGAUGAACUUGAAUGUCCAAAAAGCCAGUGAUUUGGUCAUGAAAGUAGAUGCUCUCCUUACUGCAUCACCUAAAGGAGAGGCCAGAAAAGACGUCAAAUUUCUGAAGGACAAACACAGCGUUCUCCAGCUGGCACAGCGGGAAGAUGAGGUGUUCUACGAUGUGGUUGCCAUCGUGGAUCCUCUCACCAGAGAUGCACAGAAGUUGGCUCCUUUAUUAGCCGUGCUUGGUCAAGUGGUCAAUAUGAAAGUGCAGGUGUUCAUGAACUGUCGAGCCAAGCUGUCUGAGAUGCCCCUGAAGAGUUUUUAUCGAUACGUUUUGGAGCCGGAUGUUUCGUUCUUUGGCAACAACUCGCUUUCUCCUGGCCCUAUGGCCCGCUUUACUGAAAUUCCAGAAUCUCCUCUUCUCACUCUUAAUAUGAUCACCCCAGAAAGUUGGAUGGUAGAGGCGGUCCGGAGCCCAUAUGAUCUAGAUAACAUCCACCUACAGGAGGUCAGCGGUGUAGUCAAUGCGGAGUAUGAGCUUGAGUAUCUGCUGUUGGAGGGCCACUGUUUUGACGUGUCCACAGGUCAGCCUCCCAGAGGCCUUCAGUUUACACUGGGCAUGAGACAGGAACCUCUCAUGCAUGACACCAUUGUCAUGGCCAACCUGGGCUAUUUCCAGUUGAAGGCCAACCCCGGUGCCUGGAUCCUGAGGCUGCGUGAGGGACGCUCAGAGGACAUCUAUCAAAUACAAGCGCAUGAUGGUACAGACUCUCCUGUUGAUGCUGGUGAUGUCAUUGUGGUGCUCAACAGCUUCCACAGCAAGAUCAUCAAAGUUAGAGUCCAAAAAAAGCCCGACAAACUUAAUGAGGAUCUUCUAAGUGAAGGAACGGAAUCCAAAGGCCUGUGGGAUUCCAUAACCAGUGUGUGGAGUUCUUUGGAGAGAAGCUUUGCCGGUGGCCCGAGUGUGGACGAGGAUGACAAGAAGAAAGACGUUCUCAACAUUUUCUCAGUGGCCUCUGGACAUUUAUAUGAGCGCUUCCUGAGAAUAAUGAUGCUCUCUGUCCUUCAACACACCAAAACCCCUGUCAAGUUCUGGUUCCUCAAAAACUACCUCUCCCCCUCAUUCAAGGACACCAUCUCUCACAUGGCGAAGGCUUAUGGUUUUCAGUAUGAGCUGGUCCAGUACAAGUGGCCCCGCUGGCUUCACCAGCAGACAGAAAAGCAGCGCAUCAUCUGGGGUUAUAAGAUCCUUUUCCUGGAUGUGCUUUUCCCCCUGGCUGUGGACAAGAUCAUCUUUGUAGAUGCUGAUCAGAUUGUCAGGGCAGAUUUGAAGGAGCUGAGAGAUCUGGAUCUAGAGGGCGCCCCCUAUGGGUACACACCAUUCUGCGACAGCCGAAAGGAAAUGGAAGGCUACCGCUUUUGGAAGACUGGCUACUGGGCCUCUCAUCUUGGACACAGGAAAUACCACAUCAGUGCAUUAUAUGUGGUGGACUUAAAGAAAUUCAGAAAGAUUGCAGCUGGAGACCGGCUCAGAGGGCAGUACCAAGCUUUAAGCCAAGAUCCCAACAGCCUGUCCAACCUGGAUCAGGACCUUCCCAACAACAUGAUCCAUCAAGUAGCCAUCAAGUCCUUACCUCAGGAGUGGCUGUGGUGUGAGACCUGGUGUGAUGACAAUUCCAAAACUACAGCCAAGACCAUAGAUCUGUGCAAUAACCCAAAGACCAAAGAGCCCAAGUUAAGUGCAGCGGUGAGGAUUGUUCCAGAAUGGUCCAAGUACGACAAUGAGAUAAAGCAGUUUCUUAAACAGGCAAAGGAGAAAAUUCAUAAGGGUAAACAAUCAUCAUCAUCAUCAUCACAGCACACAGGCACUCAGCGUGAUGAACUCUAGCACUUGAGUGCUCAUGUUUGCACCCAUCUUCCUGUGAAUCUUGAACUUAACCAUACAGAGUUUUCCACAACAGGAACACUGAGGAAAUACACACUAGGAAACAUUUUAAAGGACUUCAUGACAUUUUUAUGUAUAUGACUUUGAAUGGAAUGAAGGUUUAGUCUGAAUCCUCUCUGACUUCAAGAUGUAAACUGUAUAAAUGAUCUUUUUAUAAAUAACUGAUGAGUGUUAUCUGAUGUUUUUGGCCAGUUUAUGAAUUUACAAUGGCACUGGUGUAUAUUUAUAAAGAAAAACAUGCCAAUAUUGUGUACAUUCCUCCAGAGAAGACUGCACGUUUAUACUGUUUCACACUUCAUGGCCUUUUUGUAACAUAUUUUCAGUAAAUAUCCUGGCAUCAUAUUUUAACAGUCAGUGUUUGCAAAUGAAAAGUAUCUGUAAUUGCAAAUUGUUGCUUUAAAACAAAGGUCUCACUAAUAAAUUCACUUUUAAAUUGCCUUGAUAUGUUGAAAGACUCAACACUACAAAGUAGAGCUCUCUACAAUGUACAGAAUAUUUCCAAAAUAAACCAUACAACUGUAAACUCUAAUGGGGGGAAUCAAAUUCCCAGAUUCAUUGCUGUCAGCUCUUCACAUACAUUCCCUAAAACUGUCUCUGUAUCCCAGUUAUUAAAACUGAUCCUUUACAUUCCCUGUUUUAUUUAUAUUACAUAAUUGAUUCUGUACACGUUUCUAUGCCUUGAUGUUUAAAGAUGUGGAUUUUCUCAGGAAUAAAGUGAUAUUUUUAUUCUGAAAGGGGAUGCAAGUCUUGAUACACUGCGUGUUUAAAUUCAUUCAUGUUAAUGUUAACUUGUGUUUUACGGUGUGUAAAAGCAUUUGAUUGCACAUACAUUUAAAGGUAUAGUUCACCCAAAAAUGUAAAUUCUGUCAUUAAUUAUUCACCCUUCUGUGGUUCCAAACCCGUAAGACCUUCGUUCUUCUUCGGAAAGAAAAUUAAGAUAUUUUUGAUUAAAUCAAAAACCGUGGUGACGCAGAGAAGAACUGUUUGAAGCUGCAGUCUGUAGCUUUUUUAUUUAUUUAUUUUAAUUUUUUUUGCUUAAAAAUGAUUCUAAAUAAAUUUUUGAGCAAGUACAUAACUGGCCAGUGUUCGUACUUACUUCAGCCCGAUUCAUAACGGUAAGCUUGUAAUGAUGUUUUCUAUUCUAUUCUUUUCUUUUCUAAGUGGUAUGGUAUGAAUUCGCAGGAAAUUCAAAAAUGCCACUGCGUCAUUACGUCACGUCUGUAAACAUAAAGAAGGCGUCCCGGCUAGUAGGCUAAAAAUAAAAAUAAUUUUAAAAAAAAAGUCCCUCUAGUAGGCUAUAUAUCGCUAUAUCGCAUAUGAGGAUGCUGCAGGUGCUGGAUUGUUGUUUAUAGCGUUUUCUCACAAUAGCUGGAAUAGUUAAAAUUAUCAUUAAAAUUAGAUUAUAUUCCAGUUUUAAAUGUGAAUUUAAUUUCAGAUAGCCUAUGUGGGAUUACACCAGAUUUGUAUUUAAAGAGAACCCUUUCUAAGGAAGAAUUAUUUGCUUUUGGGGUUAAAAAAAAAUUUAGAUGAAA